AGUCACUGUCCACCCUUUACUACCCUCAAGGGGUUUCAUCAGACGAUUCUCAUAAUAUUCUCUGAAAGGAAGAACUUCUCUCAAAGAUGUCUGGCACAGAUGCUUACGGAGAAAUGGAGCAGGGCAGUGCUCCAGUCCAACCACAACAAGAGGAGAAUCCUCAAAAGAAAGUUGCCCAAAAGAGAAUGCAAGAAACAAAAGCUCAAAUAGAAGAAGUUACUGGCAUCUUACAGAAAAAUUUUGAAUACAUUUUACAAAGAGAUGAAAAAUUAUCAAACCUAGACGAAAGAGCAGAUGCGCUGAAAGAUGAAGCAUCAGAAUUUGGCAAACAAACAGGAAAAUUGAGACGUAAAUAUUGGUGGAAAAACUGUAAAAUGCUUGCUAUUCUUAUCGGCAUAUGUUUCGUUCUUAUUGUAAUAAUUAUUGUGUGGGCAGUUUCUGUUGAAUCGUAAACAAAGAAGACAUCUUUGAAAGUAGUGUUUAUACUCUCUAUCUGUGUAAGAAUCGAACGUUUGUGUAUGUUAAAAGGGCACUUCUUAUUAUUGCACUUUUUUCUAUUCUCUAUAAUAUAUUUACAUAUAUAUCCGUCAAUUAAGGAACUGUGAUAGAUAUGUACUUUAUAUUUUAUUAAUGUAUUUAACUCUGUAUUUUAUGUCGCAGUGAUUUUUCAGGGAUUUGUAUUUAAGUAAAUUUAUUUAUGACAUAAAAAUUAGAAAAACUUUUAAAUAUAUCCAAGUCACAAUGAAAAUAAAUGAUAAUUAUCGGUAAUAAAAAAAAUUAUCAGAAUUUUUCCUAAAAGAAAGAGAAAAU